GUCACAUAGCUGCGUCGCAGCAUGCAAUACGACACUGCCGGAUAUUCUUCCCUCAGAUUUAGAAAAGAAUGAAGGCAAAUAAACUUUUAUUUAUCCUCAUCGUCUUCGUUGCCUGUUUUUUGUCUUCAGCAAACAGACAGUUUCCGGGCGACUGCAAUGCUGGGAAUAUAUGCGAACAGGAGUGUAACGAUGUUGGAGAUAACUUUUACGAGUGUCAAUGUUUCGAUAAUUAUGAAUUAAUUGAAAAUGGAAUCGACUGUAAAGGAAAUUCCAGUGGAAACGUUUCGUCAACAUCAAUUUUACCUAUAAAUGAAACAGUAUUUUCUAAACCGAUCGAAACGACAUCGAAAUCACCAUCAAACGACAGUUUAAUACUCGAUAUUGUUCAAACUAAUUUACCAGUUUCAACACCAAUCAAUCGAGUGGAACCAACAACCGAAUCAAUAAGUGACGACGAAUAUGAUUUUGGUGUUCUCGAUCCUUAUCAAUUCUCUUCCAAACCUUCCAACUCACUUUCGAAGCGCAGCCAUAAGUUCUCAUCCUCCGACUUCCUUACGAAAAAGAUGCGCGACUCGAAACGGAAAUACAACAGACGAAAGAAUAGAAAGGGUAGGAAGAAGAAAAGCAAAAAGAAAAAGGGUAAAAAAGGUAAGAAAAAGUCGUCCAGAAGAAGAAAAACCCUGAAAGAAAAGCCAAUAGCCGAUCAAGACUCUAAGCUGAUUCCGACAGAAGAUAUUUCAAAGAUUUACAAGAAAUGUAUCGAAAUCGAAUGUUCAUUACACGGAGAAUGCAUUGAAGACGAGAUGGUGAAUGGUGUAAAAUGUGCUUGUAAAUUUGGCUAUUGGGGUAGAAGAUGUGAAGAGAAAAUCGAUAUAUCUUAUCCGAGGUUCUUUGGAUCCGGCUACUUGACCUUCUCAAAAUUAUACCUAAGGAAUUCCUAUAAGGACUUUACAUUUGAGAUCGAAUUCAAACCGGAAACCAACAAUGGCCUAUUGUUAUAUAGUGCCGAAUUCCCGGAUGGAAAAUACGACUUUUUCUCAGUAGCUCUAAUUGGUGGAUACGUUGAAUACAGAUUCGAUUGUGGAUCUGGAACUGUAAAAAUUCGAUCGAAUGAAGAAGUGAGGAUCAAUGAAUGGAAUACUCUUGUUGUUAGCAAGUAUUACAGAACUGGUUCCUUAUAUUUAAAUGGAGGAAACGCUACCUUCGGAGAAUCGGCGAGACUGGCUCAAAUCGUGUUCAAGCAAGAUUUAUAUUUGGGAGGUUUUAAGAAUCUAUCAGCAGUUGGCUCAAGAACUGGAAUGAAAUUUGGUUUUAUUGGUUGCGUAAGGAAGUUGAAAUUGAAUCAUAGAGUUUUUCAAGUUAGAUCUCCUCCUCAGUUUGGAGACGUUCUGAAUGGAGUUGAUAUCGGAUCCUGUACAUCUCAUCUUUGUAAGUCAAUCAACUGUGAACAAGGCGGAAAAUGUAAAGUCAUUUCGUCGGAUAGAGCUAUAUGCCUGUGUCCUUAUGGAAGAGUUGGAGACAGAUGCGAAAUUAAAAAAACGUCAACUGUACCAGAAUUUACUGGUUACUCUUAUCUCCAAUUUUUCGGCCUAGGCAAAGAUAUUUACAGGGAAACUGAUAUUGAAGUUGUUUUUAAGCCAUCUAAGAGAAAUGGCUUAAUUUUAUACAAUGGUUAUUCAUCUAGCGGUGGUGAUUUUAUUAGUUUGGCAUUAUUGAAGGGAUAUUUGGAGUUCAGAUUCGAUUUAGGAACCGGUCCAGCAGUUAUUAGGAGUCGGUCACCCGUCGAAAUGGACCAAUGGCACAGAGUAAAAUUACAUAGGCGGCUAAAAUUAGGUUCCAUGGAAUUGGAUAAUGAUUUGAGAACUAUUGGGUAUUCUAAGGGAGAUUAUUCAAUGCUAACUCUACAACUAGAUUUAUUUAUCGGUGGCCAUAGAGACUUUUACGAAGUUUCUCCACUCGCUGGCGUUGAUGUCUCGUUCGUUGGAUGCAUACAAAAAGUUGUUAUCAAUGGUAAACCAUUAAAGUUGACAGAGAAAUUACUUUACGGUAUUAACAUUCACGAAUGUGAGCAUAUUUGCAACGAAAGACCCUGCCGAAAUGGAGGAAUCUGCGUGCCAAACAUGAAUAAUUACCAGUGCUCUUGCUUGCUUGGUUUUGGAAACGCCCAUUGCGAGGAUAUCCGAACGAGAAGAGACAUUGGUGGUAAGGAGGAUGCUAUCAGCUUCAGAGGAAACAGCUGGCUCUCACUCAAUGACGAUAGAGUUCAUUCAUUACUUACCGACUCCGUGUCAGAAAUCGAAUUUAGCUUCAAAACCAACUUUUCGGAUGGUCUAAUCUUUUGGGUAGGUCAGAAUUUGUCCUUUCAACCCGAUUUCUUGGCCAUCGGAGUGAGGGGCGGUCAUGUAGAAUUUUCUUUUAAUUUGGGUCACGGAGACGCCAUUAUUACCGAUAAAACUUUUAAAGUAUCAGAUGAAAAGUGGCACAAAGUGAGAGCAAUAAGGCAGGAUAAGAGGGGUUUGUUGGAGGUGGACGGCGGUAAAACCAUCGAGAAGACUGUUCCUAACGAAUACGUCCGGUUAAACGUUGACGGAAGUGGAAUGGAAGAUAUAACAGAGAAGACAAAAGGAAAAUAUACAAUAGGAUUAAAUGGUUGUUUAAAGUUUUUGAAAAUCAGCGAUGACGAUACACUAGAUAUGUUGGGAAAGGCAAAAGAUGGAAGAAAUAUAAAGAAAUGUGAAAAGGACGAUAUUCAUCAUUAUACUUAA